CUCCAUUGAUCAUGUCACGAGGAGGCUUUGGCGGUGGCCGUGGUGGUUUUGGUGGUGGUGCUAAUCGUUCAGGUGCGCAACAACUCAUGUCCUUUGACUUGAUAAAGGAUGUGGGGGUCAAUGGUCUUUUCAAUGUUCAAACUGCUUUGUUUCCAAAAAUGGAUGUACCUGUGCCUCGCAAACCCUCAUCAGUAGAACAAACACAAUGGCAGUUACGAAAGGAUUAUUUGGAAAGGAUCAAAAAUUCGCCUUUUUACUUAACAGUGCCUCCUCCACCAAAAGAUAUUGAACGUUAUUCUGAUCGAUACAAACAAACGAACCAUAACAAACGCAAACUACGUGAUAUUAAAACGAACUUGGACAUGUUUCCUGAAGAAUUACAGAGUAUUUUGGAUCCAUCUAAAACAAAGAAAAAACGGAAACAGCAAGCUAGAGACGAUUUUGGACAAAUUGAAGAACUACUCAAUAAAGCUAACGAAGAUAAGGAAGAUGAAGAAGAAGAUGGCGAAAAAGCAGCAGGUAGUGACGCAGAAGUGGAAGAAGAAGAAUAUGAAGAUGAAGAAGAUUUGGUGGACGACAAUGACUAUGGACAAAAUUACUUUGACAAUGGGGAAGACGAUGGUGAUGGCGACGAUGAUGGCGAUGGCGAAGUAUAUUACUAGUUAGCUAAAGAACAGAUCAUAGUAGUUUUUCUUUUUUAGUAUAUACAUCAUUAUUAUUAUUCUUAUUUUUAUCAUAUAUCAUGUACAGCAAUCUUAUCAUGUAGUUUAUUCCAAACACUCAUUCACACACAAACAUAUAUAUAUUCAUACAUUUCGUUGGUGAUAAUCAUCAACUUGACACUCACCUUCCUUUUUUUAUUUUUUAAUAUCAUUCGUUGAAUCAUCCAAUAAAGAUACAAAAAAAAAAAAGAUUGAUAUUUCA